AUGGACUGGAGGAUUGCUGGGGACCCUGCUGAACUUAAAUUCGAGUACCGAAAGGGUGAGGUCGGCAGUAUCGGAGCUUGCGUUACCUCCGAUAGGGAUGCCCUUAAUCUGUCGGAAGAAGUAACCGCUAAAACGCACAUAGGCUUCACCAACUACCGUGCGCAGGAUACUGCCGAUUUCCGUAGAAGAAUAGACUGUACCAUAACAAAUGAUCGUUCGUGGCUAACAUAA